AUGUCGUUUCUCGAACUUGGGGGGUUGCAUGUGUUUGUUACUGGGGCCGCCGGAGGAAUUGGUAGUGCGAUUGUAGAUGAGUUCCUAGCACAAGGCUGUAAAGUCACUGCACACGAUCUUCGCCCAAAUCCUCUCGCCUCAACAAACCCCAACCUCCAUUGCCUCCAAGGCGACAUCAGUUCCGAAGCCUCCAUCCAGGACUCCAUAUUCCAAGCUAUCCACCAUUUCUCGCAGCCUAUCAGCAUUCUCUGCGCCAACGCAGGCAUCACAGAUGAAUCUUCCAGCUAUCCUAUCUGGGAUAUGCCCAGUGAGCUCUGGGACCGCACCUACGCUAUCAACGUGCGUGGCACGUACCUGACCAUUAAGCACUUCCUCAAAUCCAUCGAGAAAUCACAAAACGACACUGGCAAGGAAAUCGAAAAUGUCAGUGUCGUUGUGACGGGGUCCGAAUGUGGAGUCUUUGGUCAGGCAGGUCAUGUGGAGUAUGCGAGUGGGAAAGCAGGGCUACAAUACGGUCUUGUGAAGACAGUGAAGAACGAGAUUGUUAGGCUGAAUAAGAGCGCCAGGAUCAAUGCCGUCGCGCCCGGAUGGGUGGAGACCAAGUUGAUUGAAGGGAGGUUGGACGACCCAGGGGAGAUGUGGAGGGAGGCGAAGGCUACUGUACCACUCAGAAAAAUCGCUCAACCGACUGACGUAGCGAGAGCAGCUGCUUUCCUGGCAAGUCAUCGCGCUGCAGGUCACAUCUCCGGACAAUGUAUAUCUGUGGAUGGUGGUAUGGAAGGUCGCAUUGUGUGGUCCGAGGAAGAAGUUCGCAAAUCACAGGGAACUGCUGUCGAGCCCGAAACGCCGUCUCUCAACGCAACUGGUGAGGCCGAGAUAUUUGGUACCGCAACCGAAGGAGUCUCUCUAGCUAGCAGGACCCCCUCAGCAAUGGCUAUCCCAACCAUGUCAUCUCUUGGCAGCUCUCAACCAAAACAGAAGCCGAAGAUCAAGAUCCUGCUCUCUGUGGAUUUCGACGCAGUAUCGGGCUGGCUUGGUACCGGCCAACACCCAGAUAAUAACCUCGCGGACUACAGUACUGGCUUCUUCAGUGGCCACGUCGGAGUUCCACGACUACUCAAGCUCUUUGCGAAGCACGGCAUCGCGAACAAAGUAACCUGGUUUGUGCCGAUGCAUAGUGCAGAAUCUUUCCCAGGAGAGUUCGCCGCCAUUAAGAGCAGCGGCGCGGAGAUAGGCUUACAUGGUUAUUGCCACGAAGGCGCCCCUCAGCUUACGCCCACCCAAGAACGCGAAGUUCUCGAGCACUGUAUAAGCCUCUACCAGGAACUACUAGGGAAGCGCCCACUGGGAUAUCGCGCACCGCUCUAUCAACUCCGCGAAAGUACCGUGGAAUUACUAGAGGAGUACUCUUUCCUCUAUGACACCUCACUCUCCCACCACGACAGCACACCAUACUACCUCCCCAAUCUCCCACCCAUCAAAGCGCCAAAGUACACCGAAGAGGCCUCCGCGAAAGACUGGAUGAAACCCCUGCCUAAACCCAGUGCGCCCACAACUAAAACUCUCGUCGAGAUUCCGGCAAACUGGUACACGGAAGAUAUGACGCCGCUUCAGUAUCUUCCCAAUGCACCCAACUCGCACGGCUACGUCGACGUUCGCGUCAUGGAGAAUAUGUGGAAGGAUAAGUUUGAGUGGAUUAGGAGCGAAAUGCUUGAGAGUAAUGGGGAGAAAGAUGUAGUGGUUUUCCCGUUGGUCUUGCAUCCGGAUACCAGUGGUAUGGCGCAUGUUAUCGGCAUGAUUGAGAGGGUGAUUAAGUGGCUGAAGGCGUGGGAAGGAGACGUGGAGUUCUGCACUUAUGAGGAGGCAGCUGGGGAAUGGAAGGAGAAGAAUGCUGUAGAAUGA